CACAUUCUGUACCGUUCUGUAGUAUCAAGUAUCACGUUUGAAAAAAUCGAUUCUACUCGGAUCCGAAAAUAUCGUUCGAACCCUAGGCUGAAACAAAGCAGAAAAAAUGUCCGCCUAUAACAAAACCGCAUUAAAAAAAACCCUAGGCUGGUUUCCAUGAUCAGAAUAUCUUAAUAAUAAAAAACAUAUAUCUUCUUCUUAAUCUGUAUCGAAGAAAAAUUUUGUACAACAGAUAAUGGCUGUAUGGGCUAAGUUCUCUUCGCCUUUCCUUUAAAGAAAAGAUCUACAAAAAAAAAAAUCUUCUUGGUCUGUGAUUGUAUUGAUGUUUUAGUGAGUGUUUUGAAAGAACAGUUUUCCAUUGUUUGCUGUAUUUGCAUCAUUUUUAUCUUAUGAGAAUGUUUCAAAAUGUCCGAGACAUCUAAUCAACAAAUUCCGGGGUUGGCGCAGAAGAAAGUAUUUAAAAUAAUUGUUCUCGGCGAUUCCGGUGUUGGGAAAACUUGUCUUACCUAUCGCUUCUGUGAGGGGCAGUUCUUAGAUAAAUCUGAAGCUACAAUUGGUGUAGAUUUUAGGGAACGUACAAUUCGUAUUCGGAAUGAAGAAAUAAAGCUUCAAUUAUGGGACACUGCUGGUCAAGAAAGGUUCCGGAAGUCCAUGGUUCAACAUUAUUACAGGAACGUACACGCCGUUGUAAUAGUCUAUGAUGUGACUAAACCAGAGUCAUUUCAUUCAAUAGUCAGUUGGAUGCAAGAAGUGGAGUCUCACGGAUUAACAAACGCGCCGAGAGUUCUGGUUGGCAAUAAAUGUGACUGUGGCACACCUGAGUCUAGACUAGCUACUACUUAUGCACAGAGGGCUGCUGAUAAGUAUGGUAUGCCACUAUUUGAAACUUCAGCUCUGCUAGAUUCUGAAUGUGACAAUGUGGAAUCAAUAUUUAUGACCCUUGCACAUAAGCUGUAUUCCAAGCAACCUUUGAGAGUUAUCAGUGUUGAGGGCGACCAGAGUUACGGUGUCGUAACUCUACCUCGGCACAAGAGUCGAACGGCGCCACCACGGGACUCCUGUCUUUGCAGCUAGACAUACAUCAAAUGCACUCACGGAUAUAAAUAUGGCUAUGUUUACUGAAGACUUGAUACAAUCACUUAAUUAUAAGUAUACAAUAUUUUCAUAUUAUGCCUUAGAUCAGUGUUUACAAACCUCUUGUGGUCCAGAAACCUAAGAGUCUAUAUUUACUAGAGGAAAUAAUAAGCGAUUUCAAGGUACUUAUAGUACAAAAUAUGGUCCUACAUUUUUUCAUAUAUGAUAAUAAUGCUUUAUUUCUCAGUUCAUUUAUGGGAAAUUAGAAUGUUUAUAUUUACUCGCAGUCCAUGACUUACGUUAGAUACAGAUUUCGUUAGAUAUAGUCCAUGAUUUUCGAAUACCAAGAGCCUUCAGAGGUUUGAUUUCUAUCUAACUUAUAUAUUUUUCACGAGUUUUGUAAAUAUGCUAAACAGAUAGAUCAGAGGUUUCACAUUAACUAGUAAGAUUUGAAAGUUGUCAAAAAGUAUGUUUAGGUACAUCUGGCCCAAACAAUAUAAGGUGGAACUAUUAUUGUUUUGGCGCCAAAGGUAGAUACAUUUUAUUUUGGCCAAAUUAAGGCAUUUUAAAACUUAAAUUUAUGAAGUCAGUAAAUUAAUAUGUCAAUAUUAUUGCUUUAUUAGCGAGAAAUAUACAAUUAUUGACAAUAUAGACUUAAAUUAAUUAUGUAAAUCAUCAUUAAUUAGAAUACCAAGGCCAUCUUUUGAUAGAUAAAAUUAAUGAAUUGUUUGGUAAUUGCUACCGCGCCACAAACUUAUAGAUUUAUACACACAAAAGAAUAGAUAAAAUUCAAAAUUGAGCAGCCUUAAUUAACCAAAACUUAUUAGAAUGAUUAGUUAUUUAUUUUAGAGGCAGCUAUGUAAUUUUAAGUUUUAUUUUUUUAUUUUACAAACAAUAAGAAUAUACAUGUGUAAACAUAGAAUAAGGGUCGGUGCAACACUGACGGAAAUAUACCUUCAGGACGAGUAAAAAAAAUAUAAAUCGGUAAAAAAAUAUAUGGAUCUCAGGAACUCCUGGUUCGAAUUGAAAAAUUAUUUUUGUGUUGAAUAGACCAUUUAUCGAGGAAGGCUUUAGGCUAUAUAACAUCACGCUGCAACUAUUAGGAGCGAAGAAAUAAUGGAAAACGCUGGCGGCCAUUAGUAUAUCAAGAUGUUAUUUAUAUAUAUAUAUAUAUAUAUAUGUAUUUCUACGAUACAAGAAUAUGAACUAAAAUUUAAACACUAGCCCUGCGACUAAAGGUAGGUAUCCGAAUCCACUUAAAAAAAAGGGGUUCGUGGCACAAGUGAAGUGAGAUUCGAAAUAAUAUAGGAAUAAAAUAUCUGAGACAGGUAUAAUUUAGCAAUUUUGUUUUGUAUUUUUAUACAAAAAAUGGAAUCAAUAGAAUUUCUUUACUAGAUGACGUGAAUUCGAAUUUCGGUUCGGAUGUAUUACAGAAUCGCUCUGCUGUUCUGUUGACACUGAAAAAUAUCGUUACCCUGAUGGCUUAUCCACAUUUGCCGAUAGGCCCGCAUGUAAAAUGCGGUCUAUAUCUAUAGGAUAAUUUCAUUGGUCGAACAAAAU